AUGGAGAACAAGUCACAGAUUAUUCCUGAUUUAGUCCUUCUUGGUCUAAUAGAGAUGGAGGGAUUUAAAUACCUCUAUUUUGUGAUAACUCUAGUGAUAUAUGUAUCCAUUCUUGUCCUAUGUUUAAUGAUUGUGGCCAUCAUUUGGAAUGAACCGAGCCUUCAUGAACCCAUGUACAGUUUCAUCUGUAAUUUAAUUGUCAAUGGGAUGUUUGGGAGCGCUGCCUUUUACCCCAAGCUCAUGAUCGAUCUGCUUUCUGGAUAUACAACUAUCUCACUUGGUGGAUGCCUCGUCCAAGCUUUCUGUCUGCAGACUUAUGCUUGCGUUGACAUUUUCACGUUUACGAUCAUAGCUUAUGACAGAUAUCUGGCUGUCUGUUUUCCCUUGAGGUAUCCGACCCUAAUGACAAACAAGAAAACAUUAAAAUACAUAGCUGUGGCGUGGGGUUUUGUGUUUAUCUACCAGACCGUGUUUGUUGUUUGGACGUCAAGUCUAAGUCUGUGUGGUGCCACCAUCAACAACGUCUACUGUGAAACAAUGUCCCUCAUGAAACUGUCUUGCGGAAAUUCUUCAUUAAUUAAUAUUCUUGGGAGUUUUAUGACUAUACUCAUGGUAGUUUCAUCUCUUCUGGUUGUCGUUUAUUGCUACAUAAGGACGUUUGUAAUAUGCCUCAAGAUCUCCAAAGAAGCCUGUCAGAAGGCCAUCCAUACUCUGGUCACCCAUCUACUCGCUUUCUCGACUUUUAUGGCCGCCACUUUAUUCGUAGGUUUCAGGUACAGGCUAAACAUCGGUGGUGUGUCCAGUAACUUCCACCUCGUUAUCGCCGUGACUGGACUUGGUGUCUCAACCACCUUGAACCCUUUAAUUUAUGGCUUACGGACAGAAGUUCUCAGAAAACAAAUAAUUAAAAAAAUUCAUAUGUAUUUAAAGUUGGGGAAACCAGACUAA